UCCCCUGUCUUUCCACUCCGUCCAACCUGUUUCUUCCUUGCAAGCUGCCUACGUCUACUCGCAUCCACCAGUUGCAACACAAGGAUCGCGGUGCAUACAGACACGGUGUGGAUUUUGUUCUCCGUUUUCGCAAACAUCGGAUUUCGGAUACCUGCGAGUGCGCCGCGGAUACUUGUUCAUCAUGGCGUGUUCAGCCGUCACGUUGUCCAUAGCGACGAUAACGGCCGUUCUGGCUGUCGCAUGCCUUGCCAUUUCUUUUGGAACGGACAAUUGGUUGGAAACGAGGGUUAACAGAACAGCCAUCCGACAGAGCAUCCAAAGGGAGACGGACGAAUUCCGUGCUUAUGAAUCGAGGAUCGAGUACUUCAGCAGGGAUCAGGGACUCUUUAGGAUCUGUUUCCCGGAGAAAAAACCGAAAGGAGUGGAGACGUUUAUGUCACCGGUACAGACAGACUGCAUCAAUGUCAACUACUACAUCCCCGAGGACGAAACGUCGGACCAGUUCUCCGAACAACGAUGGGAGAGAUUACACAUGGCCCGCUCAGUGGUGGCUCUUUUCAUCAUCUUUUUCUUCGCCUUCCUGUCUUUCUUCACGGGAAUCGCCGGAUGUUGGAAGCGCUCAAAUAGCAACAUCAUCGCCACGGGACUUCUGCAACUCCUUUCAGCAUUAACUGUAGCCGGCUCCAUGGGACUGUGGCAUGGAGUCGAAUAUUACGACUUCAAGAAACUCCACGACAGCAUGUCCUUCUAUUCCUGGCCAACGAUCUUGCGCCGCAGGGGCAUCACGGAAUUCUACUACGGCUGGUCGUACAUGCUGGCCUGGGUCGGAGUCGCCACCAGCCUCCUCACUGGCAUCCUCUUCCUGGCCGCGGCCCGCUGCCUGCGCCGCGAGAAGAAAGCCGAGCAGGCAAAGAACAUGCAGUACCUCAUGCCAGUGUACCCAGACAAGAGGCAGCCGUACGGGUACGCAGCGUACCCCGGACCGUACUACCACCAUGGCGGGUCUCAGUACGGCCCUUACGGAUACUAAGAAACCCCACGAUGCGAAGAAUCCUGCACACAUUUGUUCUGUUUUGAAACAAACACGUUCGUCGGAGGCCUUAGUUUCAGGGGCCGUCCCUGAUGAUGCCGUCUGCUAAUUUUCUAGCAGCAUUGCGGUUCAGUUAGAUCUAAAGGUUUUUUUUUUUCUGGAAUCUCUCUCCUAAGGGUAAUGUGGAUUGGAACUAUUUGGCCGAAACGGAUCCGUAGACAUAUGUUAUAGUUUCCGAAGCCUCGUAUUUAUUACAGCUGCGCCAGUAUGUAGCCUGCAUAGUUUGAAGUGUACCGAACGAGACGUAAAGCUGAAACUACGUGAGAGAGGCCCCCCCCCCAGGAGGUGUCCUCGAUGAAUGCAGAGUAACAGCUCAAGGGAGUCUAGUGCAAGCAUUAACUCCUCCAAAAACCCAACCUAUACAUUUAUGCCCCCUGUAAAUAUCCCACACCUGCAGAACGUCGUCUGCAACCCUUUGUAACAUGCCGGUACGGAAACCACAAUGCCAACUUGGAACUCUAAAAUAGACAUACCCUACUCAAAGUGUGUGUUUCCCAAGCCGCCCAUGAUGCGCGCAUCCGUACGUGCUCUUCUGCUAGGGAUCUAGAUGCUCAAAGGCACGACGGUCGUCAGGACAUUCCAAAAUUAGUCUUCGAGAGCAGUGCUGACGUGUCGCACCGCAGAAGCUCAUUAGAUCGCUUUUCUUUCCAAAGACCCAUGAACUCGUGGCAUCAUGGGAACGGGUGAUGGAACGUUAUUGGUCAUAUUUUCUACGGUUUUGCAAACUCCUAUGGACCGAUUCUGGCACCAAAUCUGUUUACGGUACUGCUUACUAACAGCUGUAAGCAUUCUGUCAGGAAGUUUGACUAAUGGACCUCUGUAUCAUAGCAGUAAGCCACCACCGGACAUCUCACGGCACUAGUUAGGAGCCUUAACAAAAGGUUAACCACCAUACAGUCUCACACCACCAUUACAUGCAACUUGUGUCAUACCUCACCUCUCCCCCGCUUCAUACUACGAUGAAAUUACCUCCGCCACGUUUCCACGUUGCACACAUUUGCCAAUGUGCCUUAGUGGCAGCAUGUUGCUGUUUUUGAGUUACUUGUUGUUCUCAGCGAGUGUAAAUUAACAGUUGCAAAUCAUCAAUAUCAUCCUCAUCAUUCUGUAUUCAUACAGCAUGCCCAUCCUUUGAAAGCCAAGUCCAAGAGUAUCCUCUGAAGAUGUAACUUAUACUCUAGAUGACUAAAGAGAUUGCAGACGCAACCUCGAUAUAGUGAGCUUUCCUUUAACAGCAAAUACUCGCCUUCGAAUAUGUACGUGUUUUCUUUUUCUCUUUGAGCACGAUGUUGUUCGUCGUGUUCUAGGAACAGCCCGCUAUUUUCUCCUAGAUUUUUCUACCUAAUGGUUUGAGGAAUGGUCAGUUUGGGUGAUCGUUGAAAUUUUAGUUCUCUUGUUUGCUGGACGAGUGGAAGGAAGUCAUAGCUGUGUGAUUCGUAGUUGGAAGUGUGGACAAUCUCAUUUCUUCAUCUAUAAAAAUAAAGUGUUCUAUAACCCAAA